GCGAUUAGAAACGCUUUUUCUUUGCCUUGAUUUCUAUCAGGUCUUUCAUAAGACUCCCUCUCAGCACAUGCUAUGGCAUUACAUGCCUAAUAAUAAGUCUAUAUGAAUAGUAUAUUUGGUUUUAAUAUGCGGUUUAAUGAUUGUGGAGAUUAGAAACAUACAUGAAGUACACUAAUGUUGUACACUAUACAACUAAACAACAGUCCCUAUUGAGUGAAACGCCAGUAUUGUUUACUUAAUUACUAAUUAUAAUAAUAUGAUUAGUUAUCAAACACUUUUCAAUACAUGUAUCGCCCAGUGUUUUGAGUGUGUGUUUUGAAUGUGUAUUCAAUCGUUGAAUUGUAUGCAUUGAUAAUCAAAGUUAUAAAGUGUUCAUAAAAAUCAUAUUUGAUGCCAUAAUUUAGUCAACGAUUCUGGUUGUGCGGACACACGUCUAAUACUCAUUCACUUCACACUUAUAUACACUUUUAUUUUAAUUAUAAGUUUUGUUGUUAACCAUAAUGAGAGUGAAUUAUAGCUCACAUGAGACUGAUUUUGAUGAGUCGCUGGUCGGCGACUAUGGACUCGACUAUAGGUGUUGUGCUAUUUGUGGCCAAAAUAUCAGUGCUUUUUGGGAACACAUCUGCUUAGAAGAGGUCCGGAAUCGGCUUUUAUUCAUCGAAAACCAAUACAACGACUUGUAUGAGACAAGUGGUUGCCAUACGAGUGCCAAUAUAUCCAUCAAAUAUAGACAUAAAUUGCUUGACAGGCAUAGAAAUGAUAUCCUUGUUUCCCAAACAUUGGAUAAAUAAAAAGUUUCACUCAAUAAUCGCAAGAAUUAUCUAUAGUUUUAAAUCAGAU